AUGGCUCAGACGCUGCAGAUGGCGAUCCCUAACUUUGGCAACAACGUCCUGGAGUGUCUGAACGAACAGCGGCUGCAGGGCCUCUACUGUGAUGUCUCCGUGGUCGUCAAGGGACACGCCUUCAAGGCCCACCGCGCAGUUCUGGCAGCCAGCAGCUCCUACUUCCGGGAUCUGUUCAACGCCGGGGGGAAGAGCUCGGUGGUGGAGCUGCCCCCGGCCGUGCAGCCGCAGAGCUUCCAGCAGAUCCUGGCCUUCUGCUACACAGGACGCCUCAGCAUGAACGUUGGAGACCAGUUCCUGCUCAUGUACACCGCCGGCUUCCUCCAGAUCCAGCAGAUCAUGGAGAAGGGCACAGAGUUUUUCCUCAAGGUCUCAUCUCCAAGCUGUGACUCCCAGGGUCUCCACACUGAGGAGACCCCGCCCUCUGAGCCUCAGAGUCCCGUCACUCAAACGGUGGGAGGGGGCGGAGUCGGCGUGGUCGCCACAGCCGCGGGAAGGCCUUCCUCUUGCCUGACGCCCCUCCCCCUGGUGUCCAAAGUGAAGACAGAACAGACAGAGAGCUCUCCCUACUCGGUGGUCUGCACCCCUGUGGCCAAGCGGCUGUGGGAAGGGGGCAACCGUGACGGGGGAGGGGGGUCUGGAGGGGGCGGAGGAGGUGGGAUGAGGAAGGCUGCGCGCUACUCCUCCUCCUCCUCUUCCUCCUCCACCUCCUCCAACAACACUACCCAUGAUGCCUCUGGGCGUGGACUUGCAGCCAACGCCGCCAUGGUGGGUGGCGGCGGCGGCGGCGCCACUUCGGUGGGAGGAGUCGGACUCAACAGUAACCACAACAACAAUAACAACAACAACGGCGGGACCCCCGAGGGCACGAGCCCGGGCACCCUGAGCAUGUACACCAGCGACUCGCCCAUCAGUUACCACGACGACGAGGAGGAGGACGACAUAGCGGACGAGAGCGCCGAGGAGCAGUACAGACAGAUCUGCAACAUGUACACCAUGUACAGCAUGCUGAACGCCGGCGCAGCAGUGGUCGGGGAGAGGGUGGAGGCUCUGCCGGACUUGGCCCCAGACUCCGGCGGCGGACGGGGAGGCAGGGGGGCGCGGUCCCGGCAGGACCUGGCGUCGCUGCCUGCCGAGCUCAUCAGCCAGAUCGGGAACCGCUGCCACCCGAAGCUGUACGAGGAGGGCGACCCGGCCGAGAAGCUGGAGCUGGUGAGCGGCACCUCCGUGUUCAUCUCCCGCGCCCAGCUCAUGAACUGCCACGUCAGCGCCGGCACCCGCCACAAAGUGCUGCUCAGACGCCUGCUGGCCGCGUUCUUCGACAGGAGCACUCUGGCAAACAGCUGUGGGACUGGUAUCCGCUCUUCUACCAACGACCCGAGUCGUAAACCGCUGGACAACAGAGUCCUGCACGCUGUCAAAUUUUACUGCCAGAAUUUCGCACCAAGCUUUAAAGAGAGCGAGAUGAACGCCAUUGCGGCCGACAUGUGCACCAACGCCCGUCGCGUCGUCCGCAAGAGCUGGAUCCCCAAGCUUAAACUGCUGAUGGCCGACAGCGACGCCUACUCCGCCUUCCUGGCCGACAGCGUGAAGAUGGAGGCAGACGCACUGGGGGCAGAUCAAGGCUUUGACCCUGCCUCCCUGGAAGCUGUGGCGGCAGCGGCGGCAGCGGCCGCCAACAGUAACGAAGGGGGAGGCGGAGCCACGCCAGCAGAGACCCUCCACGGGGCGGGAGGAGACGGCAGCACUUUGUUUUGAGUGAGU